GAUGAAAAUGUGUCAGGUAAUAUUACAGGGCUCAAUAUUGAAGAUUUUGGAUGAAAAUGUGUUAGGCAAUAUUAUGAUUUUGGAUGAAAUAGUGUCAGGUAAUAUCAAUGAUCUUGGAUAAAAAGGUGUCAAGUAAUAUCAAUGAUUUGGGAUGAAAAUGUGUCAGGUAAUAUCAAUAAUUUUGAAAGAAAAUGUGUCGGGUAAUAUCAAUGAUUUUGAACAAAAAUGUGUCAUGUAACAUCAAUGAUUUUUUUAAUGAAAAUGUGUCAGGUAAUAUAAUGAUUCUCCAGAUAUAUCCAACUGUCAUAUUAACAUUUUAUUAAGUUUAUUCAUUGCUUAUACUCUCUCUCACUCUCUGUAUAUAGCCUGUUAGAUUUUACUCAAGGAAUGUUGUCAUAAUGGGCGUAUGACGGGAUGGCGUCAUACUCGGGAAUUGUGGGAGAAGUCUCGUGAGCACUACUGCGAGACGCCGCGAGAUCUGAGAGGAAGAACAGCAGAUCUCGAACAAACUGAGAAAGAGAAGGACGUGCUCCGAACUCUUCCGCUUACCACCGUCUUUUCCGCGCCAUUUCGAACAACCGCCGAACAACUUACCUCCUCGACUCCUCCUAAACUAUCUCCCUACACCUUUACCCUUUUGACUCCCCCCAAAUUUCUCCCCCUCGUAAGAAUGUUUGGCGCCGGCCGGAGAAAGAUAGCCCCCCAGCUCGUUUUGUCUCGUCACCGGCCGAGGACGCCGAGCUUGAGUGGCAUUCCACGCCAGCAGAGCUGUCGAAAAGGCUGGAAGACGAGCUUUUGGAUGUGACCCGCCAACUGGAGAAGAUGAAAGCAGACCUCGGCGCCGAUUUGGAGAGGGCCGGCAGAGUUCGCACCCCCCUCCCCACCACCACACCGGAAGCCGCCGACGGAGGUCAAAGGUCUCCCAUCCCAGAAAUCCCAGCGCGAGUUAAAGAUGGCCGCCCGGAAGCGCACACAAGGGCGCUGCGUGCAGAGCUUCGAGAGCCCAAUCCUCCCGUGAGGCAGAACUUUCCGACUUUGCGGGAGGUUCGGGCCUUUCAGCAGCUACAGAGUGACCCUACAGAGUUUUCCCGGCACAUUCCAAGAUAUACCGAAGCGGAACAGUGGGGAGCAGCGGGCAUCGAGGGCCACCCCCCUCCCCCCAAGUACAACACUCAGCAAGUCCAGGAAGGCCUCCCACCUUCACAGCAAGGUGAUGCCUGGACUCUACUUGAACAUGACACCCUGCGCACCCAGCAGCAAGCUUUUGCUGCUUCCACGCGGGCGAACCAUCAGACCCAGUUCCGAGCGUACAUCGCAUUCUGCAAGUUCUUUGGGAAGGUGCCCAUUCCAGCGUCGGCCCAUCUCUUGUCAUGCUACGCUCAGUUCUUGAGUCGCUCACUCAAGUCACCAGACACGAUCGCACAUUACCUCUCAGCCGUGAAGCUACUCCACCAACUUCACGGCCACUACCAGUUCAGCCUCCAGCAAUUCGAACUCCAGCAGACUCUCCGCGGCCUGAAGAAAAUCCUACGGCACCGCCCCAAAGGGCAUCACCCCAUCACCCCAGAAUUCCUCCUAAAAACACGGGAGUUCCUCAACUUGAAUACUUCAAAAGACGUUACCACCUGGACAGUCUUAUUGAUCGGUUUCUUCGCCUACCUACGAAGAUCAAACCUGGUGCCCACGACCGCGAAAGCUUUCAAUAACACCAAGCACCUUCAGCGACGAGACAUCCUGUGCGUUAAGGAAGGCCUUCUCAUUCAGAACACUUGGUCUAAAACUAUUCAAGCUAACGAGAGAGACCUCGUAGUUCCCAUCCUGGCGAUUCCAGGUUCUCCGCUGUGCCCCGUGGUAGCUUACAACAACAUGCUACAACUCUGCCCAGCGCCACCCGAUGCACCGGCCUUCCUCCUCCCACCAACCGCACGGCGUCGGUACCGGCCAAUGACUGCUUCUACUCUCACCAAAGAACUAGCUCGUCUAGUUAAGCAAGUCGGUCUGCCGAAGGGCUACCACACGCUGCACGAUCUACGCCAUGGCGGAUACACCCUGGCUUUCGAGGCUGGCGUUCCUCGAGAGCUACAAAAGCAACACGGUGAUUGGAGAUCGGACGCUGACCUGCUCUACCUCCGUCCAUCGGUUGAGCAACGUCUACGUGUACCGGCAGCCAUGCGGCAUCUCAUCCUGCAGCGCUUGUAAGCAGCUCUCCACCAACCUCGGAGUCUUCUUGGCCCCUGCGGAUUGGCCUGUGACAUCCUGUGUUUGUACGAGAUUGUACACGAAACAGCAUACAAGACUGAGUAAAGAUGUCACUCGCCCAAUACGACUCCUGGUGAUUGACUGAGUGUGAACAAUUAU